AUGUCUUCCGCGCCGCAGAUCCACAGCCACGAGCCGCGGUCCCCGCGCACGGGGAAGAGCGCGGCGGGCAGCGAGGACGGCCUGGGCCAGGCAGCGUUACUGCUGCCUCCUCAUCCCAACAAUUCUUCCCUCUUCAUCCUAUCAUCCAUUUUCUUUCUACUGGAUUAUUACCCUACAGUAAAAAGUGGUCUGCCUUCUGCCGAAAACCAUUGUUUAAAUCUGUCUGGCAUUUGCAGAAGAGACAUCUGCAAGUUGACAGAGGACCAGAUUGGAAUCUGCAAAAGACGGUGGAGAUGCUGCAGAGCGUGGUGGAUCCUUAUACCAAUCCCCACCCCGCUCGUCUACUCAGAUUAUCAGGCACCCCCUAAGCACAGGUUGAAAUGAAACUAGGGAGAGCAUCAAAAGGAAAGUUCUUUGCAUCUAAAGUCACUGGAAUGUAUGUGGCAAACACUGCCAAUUCCCAUUACCCCUUGUCAAUAAAAAUAAAUAAAUAUGGAUUUCAAAUAU